GCACCUUCAAAAGACAAAAUCACAUCCCAUCUACAUUAUAUCCACACCCCAUUCAAUUGCAUCUGGGGUCCGCUUGUCUCUUUCAUCUUGCUGUUUAAUACGUCUCCUUUUGGUUCUUCUCUACACAUUUGCGCCAUGUUCCGCUCAAUGCUUCCUGCGCGGAGUGCUCUCCGCAUCGCGAGACCUCAAGCUGUUCCUUCAUCCGCCAUUCCCGCACCUUCCUUGAGCCUGUUCGGUCGACGAGGAUAUGCUUCUCAGGCGGAGGAGCAUGAUCUCGUCAUUAUUGGAGGUGGUGUUGCUGGAUACGUCGCUGCUAUCAAGGCCGGACAAGAGGGAUUGAAGACUGCUUGUAUCGAGAAACGUGGAACGCUCGGUGGUACCUGCUUGAACGUCGGAUGUAUUCCUUCAAAAUCCCUUCUCAACAACUCCCAUCUAUAUCACCAGAUCCUCCACGACACGAAAAAGCGCGGUAUCGAGGUCGGCGAUGUAAAACUCAACUUACAACAGAUGCUGAAGGCCAAGGAUACUUCCGUUGAGGGACUUACAAAAGGCGUCGAGUUUCUGUUAAAGAAAAACGGUGUCGAUUACGUUAAGGGUACUGGUAGCUUCUUGAACGAGAAUGAGGUGAAGGUUAACUUGACCGAGGGUGGCGAGCGGACUCUGCGUGGUAAGAACAUUAUCAUUGCUACUGGAAGCGAGUCUACGCCAUUCCCUGGUCUUGAGGUCGAUGAGGAGAGAAUUGUCACAAGCACUGGCGCUUUGUCGCUCAAAGAAGUCCCCAAGAAGAUGGUUGUUAUUGGUGGAGGUAUCAUCGGUUUGGAAAUGGCCUCUGUCUGGAGCCGAUUGGGUGCCGAAGUCACAGUUGUCGAGUUCUUGGGACAGAUUGGUGGUCCCGGUAUGGACGCUGAGAUCUCCAAGGCUGCUCAGAAGAUCCUUGCUAAGCAGGGAAUCAAGUUCUUGACCAACACCAAGGUCACCAAAGGCGAUACUAGCGGUUCGACCAUCUCCAUCAGCACCGAAGCUGCAAAGGGUGGAAAGGAACAGACUUUGGAUGCCGACGUUGUUCUUGUCGCCAUUGGACGACGACCAUACACUGAGGGUCUCGGAUUGGAGAACAUUGGAAUUGAGGCUGAUGAGAGGGGCCGACUGAUCAUUGACCAAGAAUACCGCACCAAGCUUCCUCACAUCCGUGUUAUUGGUGACGUUACCUUCGGUCCUAUGCUUGCCCACAAAGCUGAGGAAGAGGCUGUUGCUGCUAUUGAAUACAUCACAAAAGGCCACGGCCACGUCAACUACGCUGCCAUUCCCAGCGUUAUGUACACUCACCCAGAAGUUGCCUGGGUUGGACAGAGCGAGGAGGAAUUGAAGAAGGCUGGUAUCAAGUACAACAAGGGAACCUUCCCCUUCUCCGCCAACAGUCGUGCCAAGACCAACUUGGAGACCGAAGGUUUGGUUAAAUUCCUCUCUGAUGCUGAGACUGACCGCAUUCUCGGUGUUCACAUCCUUGGCCCCAACGCUGGUGAGAUGAUUGCGGAGGCCACCUUGGCCGUUGAAUACGGCGCCUCCAGUGAAGACGUUGCCCGCACAUGCCACGCCCACCCAACCCUCGCCGAAGCCUUCAAGGAGGCCGCUAUGGCCACCUACUCCAAGGCCAUCCACUUCUAAACAAGAGAAACCCUGCCUUCUCAUUAUGGCGAACCCUAGUCUGACAUCUGGGGACGAGAUAGAUAAUUACCUGUAUUCUUUUUCUCCAUAAAAUCUUCCUCCCGAUCUUCCCUCCAUCUCUCUCUUUCUCCCCUAACAAAUUCGCCGUGAUCCAGGUGGAAAGUUUCUUGCAAUAUCUUUUGACAAACUAUGUAUUACUGUGCUAGCAACUAGCGAGAGGAAAUGUGUUUUUCCCUUUAUUUAUUUCGUUAUUCUUGUGUAGAAUUCUAUGGACUUUUUGUUCAUUUUUCUGUUUGAUAGAGAGUAUUGACUACAGUGUGUGUAACAUAGACUUGAUCCACUAGAUAUUACCUCCCACCAUUCGUAAUCUUUUUUUGCCCACCCAGAUCAAAAACUCCUCAGAAAUCCGAAGAACAAAUAUCCAAGUCAUAACUAGAAACGGACCAAGAUUGAGUUUAAUCGGCCAAACUUCUACCGUAAAGAUGGGAUGAAGAUGUGAAAAG